GCGGUAUUGAAACUUGAAAAGUAUUGAUAAUUCAAUACGGUGCAAAAUUCAAACCAAGUUUCCUAAAAAGCAAGACUCGUCCUGUGCCUUCUUUCACUUUCUAGAAACAACGGUCCGAGCCCACCUCUGAACCUUAAUCUAAAAGAUAACCGAUUACGCGUUUUUCAUUUACCAUUUAUAUAUGUACAUCUUUAUGUUAUAUACAACACAUCACUUCAAUCAAAUACAAUCAAAAAUUCAUAUAAUCAUGGCAGCUACACCUCCAGGAUCAUCAUCACCUCCAAAAACAUCAUCACCGGAGGAUACAGAGAAGUGGGGAACCCAUCUCAUGGGUCAACCCGCAAUCCCGACCAAACACCCCGACAAUCAAAAAGCAGCCUUAUGGAAAGCAUCCGACCACCAACAAAUCUACCACCAACAAUCACCCUACUUAGUUUACACUCCCGUAGAUAAACCCGCCACCAAUCCUCUCGAACCCGUCAUCCACCUCUUCAAUUCCUGGACCACCAAAGCUGAUUCCAUCGCUCGCAACAUCUGGCACAAUCUGAAGACGGGACCAUCUGUGACCGGAGCUGCGUGGGGUAAAGUGAAUUUAACCGCUAAGGCGAUCACAGAGGGUGGAUUCGAGUCUAUGUUUAAACAGAUUUUCGAACCGUCUGAUCCAAAUGAGAAGCUCAAGAAGACGUUUGCUUGCUAUCUUUCUACCACCACUGGUCCAGUUGCAGGCACCAUCUAUCUAUCGACUGCUCGUGUUGCGUUUUGUAGUGAUCGGCCGUUGUGUUUUACUGCACCUUCUGGUCAGGAAACCUGGAGUUACUACAAGGUGGUGAUACCGUUGGAGAAUAUUGGGACGGUGAAUCCGGUGACGAUGAGGGAGAACCCGUCGGAGAGAUACAUUCAGAUUGUGACGGUGGAUGGUCAUGAUUUCUGGUUUAUGGGAUUUGUUAAUUACGAGAAAGCUUCUAGGCAUCUGAUGAACAGCUUGUCGGAGUUCCAUACUAAAGUGGCAGCAUCAGUUGCCGCUUAAAUUCAUAUAUGUAUCAUCACUAUAUAUCAUACUAGUUUUUUAUAUUCUUCUUGUAAUAUGUCACUUUUAGUUUAUUUGUUCAUAUCUUAAUUCAGUUGUAUUUAUUUUUACUGUCUACCGUAAAUAAAUGGAUCGAUGUAGUUAUUAUUUACUUU